CAAAAUGGCGGGCUUGGCGGCGGAUAGCGACAGUUUUGGAGAAAACUAAAAGAGUUCAGUAGGCGAUCUUCUAGUUCAAGAUGAGUCGAAGCGUAAGAGAUCUUCGGGAGUUAAUUUGCAUGUCAAGAUUGUCAUAUCACGGAGAAGAUGAAACUCAAAAUACGGCGGACGACCUUGACAGCAACACAGUUCCCAAGGAAACCACAACGAAUGCCAAUAUAGUCUCUCAAAAGAAGGUUCUUAGCCCGGUUAGUCCACCAGGAACGCCUGGAUCGUCAGGAAGAGGAUCUCCUCUUCCUCCAAUUGGUAAAUCUGCUGCCGGUAGCCGUGACAGUUCGUCCAGUUCAUUGCGCUCUUCRCCCAUCAGUCCCACUGCUCUAUGUCCUUCUGGGACUGCUCCAAGUAAUGUCGGUUCUGAUACAGUACAAGCUAGGCCAAUGUCUAGCUCCGCAAGAAASUGCAAACCAUUGAAAACAAACUUUGAUUCAUUGCUUUCWUAUUUUGAUGCAACCAUUGUAUCAGAAUGGCUAACAAGGGCAAAUAAAACUGUUUCAGAACUCUCUUCAUGGGUCCAUUUAGGUGACAGAUUUGUAAACUUUGCAAAUUUUUGGCUAAGUGAAGUGUCUCCAAACAAACGCAGUGAGUUAAUAUCCAUGGAAUACAGCAUUGUUAUGGAUGAGUUAAAAUUUGCAUUUGGCGUUGGCCUGGAGGGCAAUCAAAUCACUGAACAAGAUAUUGUGGUAUUUAUGAAUGCAGUUCUUUGGGAGUACCCAGAGAAGUUCUCCCCAUCASAAAGUGGAYCUUCCUUUUUAAACAUUCUUAUGUGUUUAUGCUGUGGACGGAAACACAACUACAGACAACUUUUAAGUGAYGUCAAAUGYUCAACUACUAAUAAGCAGUUUGUUCAAUUCAUUCUAGCAACCAGAGCUUUUGCUAUUGUUAGCUUGUCAUCGGGUGUCUUAGACUUCUACAAGCAAAUCCAUUCACUGAAGGACACUCAGAAAGCUGCUUCAGAAAUUCCACAAGAUAGUGAACUUUGCCAAAUGGCUGAACAUUUUGCUCUGAUAGCCAUACAGAAAGGAUUUGUUGAAGUGUUUCAAUAUUUUUUGUUAAAUUAUGAAUUUGAACUUUAUGAAGACAAGGGUACUGAUAGAAAGAGGUUUUUAUUUGCUACAAUUAUUAGUGAACAAGAGGAAAUGCUCAGAUUUCUUUUAAAGGAAACCAAGUAUAAAACAGUUAUCAAUGAAAGGUCUUCAAGUUCUGGCAAUACUGUAUUGCAUGCUGCGGUGAAUGCAGGCAACCUUAACAUUGUGCAGCUAUUGGCUUCAGCUGGUGCCGACAUGAAUGCAUGGAAUGGYGAAUGUGAGGGCGCAACUCCUCUUCACAUGGCYGUCUUGAGUGGGAAUAAAGAURUGGUAGAGUUGCUUCUAUCACUAAAUUGUGACCCAACAGUCAAAAUGGGAAUACCAGCUACAGUUACUCCACUUAUGCUUGCUAAGGAUCUUGGACUAGAUGAAGUGAUUUCUGUAUUAGAGRCCUUCAAAAUAAAAUAAGGUCGUGCGACAUCAAAACAAGUUAAGUUUCACUAAAGUGCAUUUCUUCAAAGCCUUAAGCAGAAUUCAUAGAGACAUUGUAUACAAAAUGUUCGUCGUUGAUAGGACCUUAAUGCUUCCGUGGUUGGUAUCAUAGCAUAAUGACAACAGUCCAAUCGAUUUUGUUGAGCUUUAUCUAGCUAAAGCACUUUAGGUGCUUAACCGUUUAGACAUAGAUUGCUAAAGUUGUCAUCUAUGGAAUCAUGAUUAUAAUGAAACACCUCUAAAAAAAAUAAAGUACCAUUUGUGAUGAAAGGAUAAAUUACACUAGGUUGGUUGUGCGGCAGACGAUCGUCUGGUUGUGCRGAGUAAAAAGGACGAAGAAAAUAUAGAGAAUAAUUCAUAAA